AUGAGCAGUGAAGAAAAGAUGGAACUUGAACAAGAAAGUGAUGAUGCAGAAAUUGACAGAGAUAAUUGGGGAAAAAAUACUGACGUUUAUUAUCAAAAGAAAAGAGAUAAAGAAUUAAAAAAUGAUGAAUUUAUUGAAGGAGAUGCAGAAGAAGCUCAACGUAUUCAGAAAGAGUUAUUAUCAAAUUUAAAAGUAAGUGAUUUUGGUGGUGAUGAAGAAUUUGAGCAAUUAAUGAAAAAAACUAAAGAAGCACCACCUGAAGAAACUGAAGAGUUUCAGUUAAAGAAGUUUAAUGAAAUGAUUGAUUCAACAAAUGUACAAAUUGAAGGAAAUGAUGAAGAAAGAAUUAAGAUUAUUAAAGAAAUGUUUCCUGAAUUACUUCAAAGAAUUUUAUUAGCGAAUAAAAUUUCUUUUGAAAAAAGUAAAGAAGGAGGGGUUUUAGGGAAAUUUACUUCAUUAAGAGAAAAAGUAGAAAGUGGAUUAAUACUUAAUGUGUUAAUUGAAAUAUUAUGUAAAGGGGAUGGAAGAGAAGAACAUCCGAUAGUUGAGACAUGUAAAACUUAUCAACAACUUUUUGAAAAUAUAAAAGAAAUAACAAAGAAAAUUGGUAAACAAACUAUUAAAAGUUUUUAUGAUGGUACUUAUAAAGAAGAAUAUAAAGAAGAUAAAGAACAAAGUAUUGAAGAAGGAGAAGAAGAUACAGAAAUAAAAGAUAAUAAUAAUAUUAUUACUGAAAUGAGUGAAGAAGAAGAGAAUGAAGAAGAAAAAAUGGAAGAAAGUGAAGAAGAAGGAAUAAACAUUAGUGGUAUGGAUAUGGAAGAUGCUCUUGGAGAUUUUGUUGAUGAAGAAGAAAUGAAAGAAAUUAAAAAAUGUCAAGAACUUCAAAAAGUAAAUCAACCAAAUAUUGAUGAAACAGACAAAGCAAAUUGGAUAGAUAAUGAAGAUUUUGAUAGUGAUGAAGUUCAAUUAGAAGAAAAGUUAUUAGCUGAAUUAGCUUUAAAGAAACAAUCUCAAAGAAAAGCAAGUGGAGAAGAAGAUGUUGCUGUGAAAAAAACUACUACAUUAAUGAAACCAUCCAAAAAACAAUCAAAAAUAAAUCAAGAAGAUGAAGAAAUUAAAACUACUUCUUCUUUACGUAAAGAAAUAGAAAAUAAAAGAAAGUUAAGACUAACAAAAGCACAAAAAGAAGAAAAUGAUAUUGAUAAUUAUCAUAGACCUGUAGAUAAAGUUGUUGAACAUGGAAGAGGUUUAACUCGAGGAAGAAAACCACAAAAUGCAAGAACUAAGAUGAGAGCAAAAUAUGAGAAAAGAACUAAAAAAAUUAAACAAAUAAAUACAGAAAGUCAUAGUUUUAAUUAUAAAGGUGAAAAGAAGAUAGAAGAUGGUAAAAAACUUUCAAGAAAAUUAGAUUAUUAA